CCAACACAAACCAGUUCACCAUACCUCCUCGCUGUAGCAACUUUCCUUGACUAGCAACAUGGGAAAUAAGAGACCGCAUCCAGAUGCAGAAUCCUGGGGCCACGGCUCCGGGGAAGGGACGAGAAAGCGACCAAAGACCAACCGGCCGCACAAACCAAGACCAAAACCCGUUGACCACGACAGCAUGGCUGCAAUCAAGAAGCGCGCCCGGGCAAUUGAGAGGCUUCUCGCGCGCGACAACUUGAAGCUUCCGGCAAACAAGCAGAAUGACCUGGAGCGAGAGCUGGCGGCGCACAAGCAGCGGAUCGAGGAUGCCAAGGCAAAGAAGGAAAGGAGCAAGAUGAUUCAGAAGUAUCACAUGGUUAGGUUCUUUGAGAGGAAGAAGGCAAUGCGGUUUGUAAAACAGCUCGAGAAGAAGCUUGCGCAAGCUACGGAUCCGGAGGAGGUGGCCCAGCUCAAAGCAGAUCUCCACGUCGCGCAGGUCGACAUCGACUACGCCAAGUACUUCCCCUUUAUGGAACCCUACGUCAGCUUGUAUGCUGGCGCCUCGUCAGGGGAAAAAGACGAAGCCAGCACGGCCGCAUGGGCCCGCUAUCUGCGGACCGCGAGGCCGCCCAUGUGGACCGUCAUCGAGGAGACCAGGGAGGAGGGCCAAGCCGCACUCGAGAAACUGCAGAAUAGACAGCCGCCGAGGAGCCGCGAGUCCUCCCAGCAACCAGUAGCGCGCGGUGCCCCUGACAAGCCUCUAGCGGUGCAGAAGGCGAAGGGACCGAAGGCGCAAACGUCCACGAAGUCGAGACCAAGACGGGCGGAAGCAGAGGGGGGUGGGUCAAAGAAGCACCAAAGCAGUGAUGAGAGCGAUGGUGGCGGGUUCUUCGACGAGGAUUGAUCAAGUUGCGUUUGGGAACAGCGGGCAGUCACCGUUCGGUAUGAUUGUGCAGUCCACUUACCACAUUUUUAUGAUACCCAUAUCACGGAGGAGCGUAUGAGCAAACCAAAGUGCCACGAGGCUCCGUUAUGGUCUCGCGCGGACUUCCUGGCUUCUCACCUUCGUUUGUUCCUACUGUAGCCUCGAAUAGCACAUUGAAGCCACGACGGGGAGCCGCAUAGACGAGCUUCGGCCAGUAGGACGGAUUCCAUCAGGGAUCGAGUCCUCGAGGCACGUCGCAUUGGAUCAACCGGCAGGCCGGCCAGAAAAUACGGCCAGCCAAGACUGAGGCCUACAACAGCGUUUGCCCCCU